AUGAGCAUUGAGUCUAGUUUGAGUCCCACCCAAGUCCCACCCAUGUUUCAAGAAGCAAAGAAGUCCAAGAAGGGCCGCGGCACAACAAAAUCCGGCCAUUGGAACACUAUUGCACAAGGCAAAGAUAUAAAACAUGACAGGAAAGACCGGUUCAAAAUAUCAACAAACAUGGCGCGCAAGGAAGCCACAACCGGCCAAAGGAGGAUUUACAUGCCAAACAUGAGAGAUGAGGGAAAUCCAACCACAAUUCAAUCCAGGAGGGAUAGAAAAACAGUUCGGUCGAAGCAGAACUCAAUUGGCCCGAGUAAAAAAGGAGAUAUCACAUUCCAAUCACUCUCUCGGCCAGAAUCGACGAACCAAGCGACAAUGCUCGACCAUCUCCCAAACGGCACGACCGAAGUCCACCAAACUUCACAGGCGACCUCAAACAUCAUUUUGGUCGGCAAAUCCAAAAGAUAG